AUGUUCAUCUGCAUUAAACAUGGAGACAACCAGCAGUUCUUGGCAAACACCAACUGCCCCCUGAUUCUGUUACUGCAGUACCUGAAGCAUAAGCUGGAGCUGCCAAAGGCAGAUCUGAUUGACCUGUGUGAUGAGAAGGGGAUUCUGAAGCUGCUCUUCCUCUACAGAACCCCCCUGGAGAGUGCCAGCCGACUGCUCUACACCCGGGGCACUUACAUCGUGUGCCGAGUCAACCAGAACAAAGCAGACAGAGGCUACACAUCCAUUACCCCAAUCCUGACCAGCCCUGAGACAGAAAUGCAAGUGUUUAUCUGUGUCGUGUCAGAGUUGCUGCAGGCCCAGGUUGGGAAUCUGGAGAAGGCCCGUCUGAAGCAGCACCAGGCCCGGGUUCAGGAGAGGAGGCUGCAGCUGGUGAGCGACGGCGUUGUGCCCGCUGCUCAAUCCAGCUCGACGAUGAGAGGCAAAGCGGGAGGGAAAGCCGGGCAUGUGAACUUGGAAAUCCUGGAAGAGGAGCCCUUGAGGAAGAUUGUGGGGAAGAAGACACUGAAGGGAUCAUUAUAA